CUCAGAGCAAGGCACAGUCUUUCCUGGUCACUAGCUGCAUCUCAGCCCCUCAGGUCCUGCCAGCUUGGGCAUGUCUCCUGAUGCCUAUGGGGCCAGGAGAUGGAUGGCUCAGAGCUGUCAGCCCGGGUGAAUAAAGGCUUCUGUUGGGUGUGGCUGUGACAGUUUAUUUGCUGACGCCCUCCCCCUACUCCCCAGUUUUGUCUUAGGUGCCCUAUCCCUGCAGGAGCCUCCAGGUCCCCGGUGCUUGAAUGGAGAAGUGCCUGCCUUUGCCUCUCCCACUCUGGCAGGUUCCGGGAACAGGCUGUCAUUUCCUCCCACACCCACUCGCUCCAGCAGCGCCUUUGUCGGGCCCUGGACUAGCACAGGCAGUGGAGAGUUAGACAAAUCUUGACCCAAGGGUACAGAUAGGGAGACAGGCAGGUUUAGACUCAGGAGCCGUGCUGGGACGGUGGAAGCCCAAGUGCCCUACUAGCAAGGAGUGUCAUAGGAGAGACCUCAGUGCUGGGUAGGAAUUAAACUACAAAAGGUUUCCGUCCCUGGGGUGUGGCCAUGAAGCUGGGCCUGGCCAUGGUGCUGGGGCUGGCCCUGUGCCUGGGGUACUGCCAGCCACGGCCAUGGGUGUCUGAGCGCCCCUUCUCAGUGCUGUGGAACAUACCCUCGACACGCUGUAAGACCCAGUUUGGGGUGCACUUUCCACUAGAGGCCCUGGGCAUCACAGCCAACCAUGGCCAGCGUUUCCGUGGCCAGAACAUCACCAUCUUCUACAAGAACCAGCUUGGCCUCUAUCCCUACCUUGGGCCCCAGGGCACAGCUCACAACGGGGGCAUCCCCCAGGCUGUGCCCCUUGACCACCACCUGGCUCGGGUGGCCUACCAGCUCCACUACAGGCUGCGACCUGGCUUUGCCGGGUUGGCAGUGCUGGACUGGGAAGAGUGGCAUCCCCUCUGGGCAGGGAACUGGGGCCGUCGUAGGGUUUAUCGAGCCGCCUCGUGGGCUUGGGCACGGCUGGCGUUCCCCGAUCUGGACCCCCGGGAGCGACGUCACAAGGCCCGGACUGGCUUUGAAGAGGCAGCCCGGGCCCUGAUGGAGAGAACACUGCAGCUGGGCCGGGCCCUGCAGCCCCAUGGGCUCUGGGGCUUUUACCACUUCCCAGCCUGUGGGAAUGGCAGGCAUGGCAUGGCUUCCAACUACACAGGCCAGUGCCACGCAGCCACCCUCGCCCACAACACCCAACUGCAUUGGCUCUGGGCUGCCUCCAGUGCCCUCUUCCCUAGCAUCUACCUGCCACCCAGGCUGCCGCCUGCCCACCGUCAAGCUUUUGUCCGACACCGGCUGCAGGAGGCCUUCCGAGUGGCCCUCAUCGGGCACCCACAUCCCCUGCCUGUCCUGGCCUAUGCCCGUCUCACACACUGGAACUCUCGGAGGUUCCUGUCCCAGGAUGACCUUACGCAGACCAUCGGUGUCAGUGCAGCACUGGGGGCAGCCGGCGUGGUGCUCUGGGGGGACCUGAGCUUCUCCACCUCUGAGAAGGAGUGCUGGCAUCUCCAUGACUAUCUGGUGGGCACCCUGGGCCCCUAUGUGAUCAAUGUCACCAGAGCAGCUGUGGCCUGCAGUCAGCAGCGGUGCCAUGGCCAUGGGCGCUGUGCCAGGCGGGACCCAGGGCAACUGGAAGCCUUUCUGCACCUGCAGCCAGAUGGCAGCCCUGGAGCUUGGGGGUCCUUCAGCUGCCACUGUUACUGGGGCUGGGCUGGUCCUACCUGCCAGGAGCCCAAGCCUGGGCCUAAAGAAGCAGCAUAAAUCCCUGAAUCCUCUGCACCUGACGCUCUUGUCUCUGCUGCCAUUUUUCCAGUCCUGGAAGGAGGACUUUGAUUAUUCCAUUUCUAUUCUUUUUAGCAUACAUGCCCAUACCACACUUCCCUUGGGACUCCUGGGAAAUGGAAAAGGCCAGCGUGGGAAACAAAAACAAACAGAAAAAAAAAACAAAACAGACUUUAAAACUACAAAUCUAUGUUGAAUCAUCUGAUCCUGACAAAGAGGUUCCAGAUGAUUACAGUUUGUCAGUCUUAAGUCGAGAAUUCAGUUCCUACGUCUCACUGGAUCCCUGGGGAGGUUAUGGGAGGCCAGUGCAAGAACUAGCGGACCCUAAGAUUUCAGCUAAGGUCUGUGUCAAACUGUUGCUUGUACUCUGUUUUCAUUAUAAAGUCAUUUUCUCUUUCA